CAGGCUUCCGGCGGAAGAGCGCGAGAGCAAGAUGGCCACUACCAAGCGAGUGUUGUAUGUGGGUGGACUUGCAGAGGAGGUGGAUGACAAAGUUCUCCAUGCUGCUUUUAUCCCUUUUGGAGACAUCACGGAUAUCCAGAUUCCUCUGGAUUAUGAAACAGAAAAGCACCGAGGAUUUGCUUUUGUUGAAUUUGAGUUGGCAGAGGAUGCUGCAGCAGCUAUUGACAACAUGAAUGAAUCUGAGCUCUUUGGACGGACAAUUCGUGUCAAUUUGGCAAAACCCAUGAGGAUUAAGGAAGGCUCUUCCAGACCAGUUUGGUCUGAUGAUGACUGGUUGAAGAAGUUCUCUGGGAAGACUCUUGAGGAGAACAAAGAGGAGGAGGGGUCAGAGCCCCCCAAAGUGGAAACUCGGGAGGGAGAGCCCGCUGUGAAAAAGGCCCGGUCAAACCCUCAGGUGUACAUGGACAUCAAGAUUGGGAACAAGCCGGCUGGCCGCAUCCAAAUGCUCCUGCGUUCAGACGUCGUACCCAUGACAGCAGAGAAUUUCCGCUGCCUGUGCACCCAUGAGAAGGGCUUUGGCUUCAAGGGCAGCAGCUUCCACCGCAUCAUCCCCCAGUUCAUGUGCCAGGGCGGUGAUUUCACCAACCACAACGGCACCGGGGGCAAGUCCAUCUACGGGAAGAAGUUUGACGAUGAAAACUUUAUCCUCAAACACACGGGACCAGGCCUGCUCUCCAUGGCCAACUCUGGCCCAAACACCAACGGCUCCCAGUUCUUCCUGACAUGUGACAAGACAGAUUGGCUGGACGGCAAGCAUGUAGUGUUUGGGGAGAUCACGGAUGGCCUGGAUGUCUUGCGGCAGAUUGAGGCCCAGGGCAGCAAGGACGGGAAGCCCAAGCAGAAGGUGAUCAUCUCCGACUGUGGGGAGUACGUGUGAGAGGGGAGCUGUCAAACCGGGGAUCCGGCGCCCGAGGUGUCCUGUUUGCAGCGAGCGGGGCUUCGUGUCCUGGCCCUUCCUCGGGGUCAGCGUGGGGCAGCUCCUCUGCAGGCACAGCCUGCGCCACCUCCGGUCUUCCUCAGGUGUGGCCUUGGACUCAGGGCCGCCCUCCCCACUGUGGACAGCUGGGCAUGGCCUUUCCAGGCCUUUGCCGCCAGGGCUUCUGCUGGGCCCACCUGUGUGACUCCUGGACAUUUUCUUCUGGUAAAUAAAUCCUAGUUUUUGUA